GCAUGAUGGUUCCUCACAGUUCAGCCAGCAUAGCCCAGGUCACCCAAUGUUUCGGUCACCAAUGGAUAGUGUGUCAUCCAGGUGGAGCUCUUCUGGCGUGUCUGUAAACAACCAGCAUUAUAAGUUGCCAGAAAAACUACAGAUUGUGAAGCCAUUAGAAGGAUCCAUGACAUUACGACAGUGGCAGCAUCUAGCCACGCCCCACUUGGGCGGCAUAUUUGAAGAAAGGGACAGCAUCCUGUUGAAGGGGGGUAACAAACUAGAUCUGUCAGGGGACAUCACUCUCAGUGACUCUGAAGAUGGAGAUCAUGCUCAUGAUGUUCAUACCCGUAAAGAGCAAGACCUGGGCUUGAUCUAUACAUUCACAGAUUCAAGGAUUCUCAAUCCUGGCGGUUACAGAGGGCAGAACAGUCUGUUAGGCUCAAG